GUGCCCAGCUGGGUAUGGGUAUUUGCAAUACGAAAACACCAUUAAAAAUACAAACAAAAAGUAAAGCAAACCCGUAGGGCUGUGCAAGGCAGGAAGUUUCAAGUGCAAUUAGAUAUUUAACCAAAGGAGGAAGAAUGAACGCCGUCAUAACACUAAACCAUUUCUGCGAAGUACACGGCCCUCAAGUUUUAUUCUGCACGCAGUCGUUUCACGAUCCUGUGCCAUUUUCGCACACUGGUACUGAGCCAAACAUACCGCAGAAGUCACCAAACAAAAGAUUUUAUGGAAAUUUAGAGCUUUUGAGAAAUAUUCCUGGACUGAUUCCUUUGUGUGAGGCGUGCCGAUCACUGGACCAAAAGAUUUCUGGUCUCCUCAGCAGUGACCACGAAGGCAGAACAAGUUACCUGAGUGGACAAAAUCCUACAAUCCCAGCCAUUUGCGGUCUAGUUAAGCAUGCUUGCCUUAGAUCAUUGAGCUGCGAGAUUUCUAAAGUUUCUAAAGAUGAUCCAGAGAAACCUGUAUUCUUUGGGGAUUCAGAUAGAGGGCACGUUCUCUCAGUGGCAUUCAGCAUUAGAGACGCGCAAGGCCGAGGAUUCCAGAGGAAUUACAGCAUUUGUGUUUUGGCCGUUGAUGCUCCCAUGCUCCUUCAGUCUUGGCCAUUUCUCACAAAAAACAUUCAGACGAUUAUUUCAGAAUUGCAAGAGAUGGCUAUAAAAGUCUUCAAUAAAGAACAAGAAGCUUGUCCACAGAGAGCUGUGAGAAUUAAUGCUAGUGCCAAAUCGGAGGAAAAUAAAUGUAAUAAAGCAACUCGUUCGCUUGCUGAGCUGACUGAUGAAUCUCUUGUGUAUUAUCAACUUCAUUCUUGGUUUGUGUGGCUUUUGAAAGCUGGUGCUAAUAGACUGCAGGAGAAGCUAACCCUUCCUCCUUUUCUUCGAGAUAUCGGGCACUUUGGCCAAGGCGUCGAGACGGAGGAAGGAUUUGUUCUGGUACCAACCUCGUCUAGUGUGACUGUAAAAGCUGACACUGCUGACCACAGAGGUGUAUUGGAGUUGGAAGCUAGUGGCUCUCUUACCUACCCAAUAAUAGGGCCGACCAUUCCUGGAGGAAUAUCUGAGCUUUACACCUUGAUGGGACGGAAUCAAUUUUUGCUGGCUGCAAACUCUCUGCUCAUUGGACACCAGUUGAUAGUUCAAUGUGACUGGCCCUCCUUAGCUUAUGCUGUAAUUGAAAGUUUUAAGUGUCUCGUUACUAGGGCCAUCUUUCAGCCUGAAUACUGGAGUGGCUCCUAUUUUCCACCAGCUGCCUGCACUCUGAUUGGGGUGUCAAAGAUCGUGCAGUUGCCCUCUCCUUUGCCCUCAAAUGUAGUGAUGGUUGAAAUUACAAAGGUGGAGCCGAACGCCAAGCCAACCAAUGAUAAUCUGAAGUUUACAGUGAAAGCGCCGAAAGCACCAACAAGAUGGCCAACAUUGCUUGUGAAAAUGGACAAAGCGCUGCAAAAUGACUUUUUGACUCCGACGGCUCUUCAUUGCCACUUAGUAGCACUCAAAGAAGAAUGGCUUAAUAUUUCGAGAACUGUGAUGAGACUCCUGCAGACAGGAAAAUCAGCUGGCGAUUUAACCCCACUGAUGAACACCCUAGGAGCUCAGGCCCAAGACUGGCAACUCAUUAAGCACUGGGGAGUGCUUCACGCUAACAAUUUGUGAUCAAUUAAAAUAAAGCUCAAAGAAUUUGAUUUUAUACUGUC